GGCUCUGGCUUGGCAUGGAUGACCCAGAAAACACAGCCCAGCUAGGAGAAGCUUGAAGGUGAAGGUGGCAAGGAAAGGCCACUGGAUCUGAAAGAGGGGAAAAACAUGGAUUCUCGCCAACAACCUCUACUUUUGCAAUUCCACAAUGGUUUCUGGUAACUUGACGGUUCUGUCGACGCUACUUAUAUCUCUUUCCUUCUGGGGAACCGAAGCCCCCCAGGGGCCAUUGCCUGGAACCGACAAGCAUGACUCUAAGCAGGUGCCAAUCCAGGCCCUCCACACCAUCCUCUUAAGACGCCUGGGCUUGCAAAGGCGCCCAGAACCAAAGCCAGGCCUCAUGGUGCCACAGUACCUGCUGGAUUUGUACCAGUUCUACUUGGGAAAGGCUCCUCCCUCCCUGCAAGAAACGGAGCUUCUGUUCCUGGAGGAACAGGCAGGAAGAGCCAAUACUGUGCGCACGUUCCAUCAUGUCGAGGAUCUGGAUUACAUCCCUGAAGUUGUAGGAAAUUCAUUUUACUUCUUAUUCAACCUCACCUUGCUGCCUGCAGAGGAGGAGCUGACUGCCCUCGAGUUGCGUCUCUACCACGCGGAGAAGGGAAGCAAGGGCUUCCACAUCAACAUCUACCACGCGAUGGAUGCCCCACUCACUUCCAGAAACAAAAGCAGACUCUUGGCCAAAAAAUUCUUGGCUCCCGCGCAGCCCAAGUGGGAGAGCUUUGAUGUUACUGCUGCCUUCAAGAGGGUCAAUGGCCAGAAGCUUCACCUUGGGUUUCUUGUUGAGGUGCAGCAUCCAAACAACAGCCAUAACCUCCAACAGCAAGACAACCCCCUUCGCACACGACGGUCUCCUGGACAGAAGAAAGCUCAGUGGGCUCUGGAGAGGCCUAUACUAGUCACCUAUAGCCAUGACCAAAGAGGACAGCCUCUGACACAUGGAAAAAGACACAGAAGAAGCCAGCCAAAUGAACUAACCCAGAAAGGGGGCAGAAAACCUUUAAAGGUUCCAGCCUCCAGGAGCAAACACAAGAGCCUGAAGCCAAAGACCAAAACCAGCACCAAGUGCAGAAGGCACCGCCUCUUUGUAGAUUUCAAGGAGGUUGGAUGGAAUGACUGGAUAGUUGCCCCAAGUGGCUACCAUGCGUUCUACUGCUCCGGGGAGUGCCGGUUCCCACUGGCCGAUCAUAUGAAUUCCUCCAGCCACGCCGUGGUGCAGACCAUGUUGAAUUCGGUGAACUCCAAAGUACCUAAGCCAUGCUGUGUCCCCACGGACCUCAGUCCCAUUGCCAUGCUCUACCUAGAUCAACAUGACAUGGUGGUCCUGAAGACCUACCAGGAUAUGGUGGUGGAGGGCUGUGGGUGCCGGUAGGAAUGAUGGCACUGAUGGCGCAGGGACACUCCUUCUAUCAGUAUUAAAAACAUGAGGGCACUCAGUGAAAGGUAGGGACAGCAGGGUCAGGACUGUCACAAGUACUUCUUUCACACAUAAUGAAUAUUAGGAAGUCACCUCAAGAGUUGGGGACCACCGAAACAUUAGCUAGCUUAGCUGUGAGACACAUUGGGGGGGGGUCCUCAUUGUACACAGGCAAUAUGCCUCUCAGUAUAAGAUAUGACACCGAGUAAUAAGCGAAUAUUUCUAUGAUGCCCUUCGAAAGAGUAUCCAAAGGCAUUGAAAGGUAUCCUAUGAUGCCCUUCCAAAGAGUAUCCAAAGUUAUCCUGGCUGGCUGCAACUGGAAGUAGAUGGACCUUGGUGUGAUCCAGCGACCCAUUCUUUCAUUCUUAUGAAGCCAUAUGAACAAAUGUUAGCCUUCCCUGCAAACCCUGUAUUGACAAAUAAUUUCAUUUGUGACGAACUCUAGUUGAACAAUAAACAAACAACUCAUCCAACCUAUUAAAGCAAGCAUGUAUC